AUGAAGAAUUACUUGUUGUUUUUAUUUCAGUUCACAACUUUUUAUAGAAAGUUAGUCAUUUCGGGGCCUUAUAUGCCUACGCAUCAGAUAAAUUGUGGCAGAGAAUCUUCUAAAUGUCCGACAGAGUGGCCAUGUUGCUCGCAAUAUGGAUUCUGUGGUAGUGGGCCUGUUUGUAUUGUUGGUUGCAAUCCUAAAUUUAGUUUUGAACAGGAAAGUUGUUUAUAUUUGCCAGCUAUGUUACCAGCAAGCAUGAAAUCCACCAUGAAAAAAAACAAAAACAAAAUUUGGAGGUGGACUAUGAAUAAUACAAUAGACCCCUUAUCUGCUACCGAUAAUGAUAUUUAUGCCAGUUAUAUUUUAUCUAAGGAUAAAAUUCUGGAAUGGACAAAAUAUUUGAUUACGGACAACGAAAAAGCUGCAGAAAACCAGUGGAAUAAUAUUGAUUUUACAUACAGUGGUAAAAUACAACUAUCGCCAGAAACAUCAGAGUUAUAUUUAUCUAUGCCGAAGAAAAGUGCCGGAAGCUUGGUAAAUACUGCUAAAAAUAUGUUAUAUGGAAGAGUUUCUGUUCGGUUAAAAACUGCAAGAUCGAGAGGUGUUAUCACUACAAUAGUGCUAUUUUCUUCAGUGCAAGACGAAAUUGACUUUGAAUUUUUGGGUGGAGAUUUGAUGAAUGUCCAGACGAAUUACUACUACCAGGGUAAUCUAGAUCAUACUAAAAUGAGGAAAUUCCCCGUAUCGAGUAAUACUUAUGAUAACUACCACACUUAUGAAAUUGAUUGGAACGAAGAAAGAAUACAUUGGAUAGUUGAUAAUCAAAUUUUAAGAACUUUAUACAAAAGAGAAACAUUUGAUCCAGCCACGAAUACUUACAAAUACCCACAAACACCUCUGAAGCUACAUUUAUCACUUUGGCCUGGAGGGAAUGAAACCAAUUCACCCGGUACAAUAUCAUGGGCUGGAGGAUUAAUUGAUUGGGAAAAUGCACCUGAUAUCAAACUUUUUGGGGAAUUUUAUUUUAGGGUACAAGAAAUUAUAGUGGAACCUUAUGCAACAAAGCAUACGGCAAAUUUAAAGAAUAAGUUGCUUAAUAAUAAAAAUAGAGAUACAUUAAAUUUAGUAUCAUAUGGGUUUGAAAAUAAUCAACAAAAAUUUGAUGAAUCCACAGUCAAAUGGGUUCGACAUAAUUCUGUUCCCAGAUUACGUAGCUCAAAAGCUGAUGGUAGAAAUCCCAACAAGAGUUGA